AUGUCUUUCUUCGGAGGAGGGGGAACUGGAUUUGGGCAGACCAACCAAAGCUCCGGCUUUGGCGCAGGUACUGGCUUUGGAGCCUCUAACACCGGCACAGGCUUUGGCUCGACUCCCUCGGCGUUUGGUGGCGGUACCACUGGAAAUACUGGAGGCGGUUUGUUUGGAAACACCUCUAGUGGAUUCGGCGCUAGCACUAACACAGGAUUCGGGGCCAACAAUCAGAGCUCGUCUCUUUUCGGCGGUGCGCAGAACAACCGCCCCGGCGGUUUUGGCACGAACACGAACACUGGCCAGAGCCUCUUCGGCAGCACUACUCCAAACACCGGCUCUGGGUUUGGUGCUGGUACUGGUUUCGGGUCCACCCCGACCACUACGUCGGGUUUUGGGGGCAGCGCCAAUACUAACACCGGUCUGUUCGGUGCCAACAAGCCGGCCACUGGUUUCGGUACCUCGAGCACAGGUGGUGCCGGAUUUGGCUCUUCUACCACCACUGGAUUCGGGACUGGGGCAGCUACUGCAGGCUUUGGUGGAACUGGAACGGCGUUCCAGGGCACCCAGACGUGCGAGGGUACUGGCAGCACUCCCUUCAGCGCCUUCACUGAGAAGGACCAGAGCUCCAAUGCCACGAAUCAUUACCAAAGCAUCAGUUUCAUGCAACCUUACAGCAAGUUCAGCUUUGAGGAACUAAGGCUUGCCGACUAUCAACAGGGCCGCCGAUUUGGAAACGCAAGUGGUCAAGCAGGCGGCUUCGGUGCUCCCGCGUUUGGAUCAUCGACUGGAUUUGGAGGCCAACAGGCAUCUACAGGCUUUGGUGGUGGCACCGGUGCCUUUGGCAGUGCGGCUGCUACGUCAGCUCCUACCGGCUUCGGUACUACCCAGACAACUGGUGGUUUUGGUAGCGGCAACACUGGAACAAAUUCCUUGUUCAGUGCUAACAAGCCUGCCACCGGCAUGUUCGCCAGCAAUACGCAGGCCCCCGCGCAGACUGGCACUUCUAUCUUUGGCAACAACAACGCCACUCCCGCAACCGGAGGAUUUGGUGCAAACGCUUCCACGGGUGGUUUUGGCGCUAACACCGGUACUUCAAUCUUUGGAAACAAUCAGCAGCAAAACAAGCCGGCGUUUGGCACGGGUUCAACGGGAACUGGCUUUGGCACUGGCUUUGGCGCAACACAGACAACCUCAGCGGCAACCCCCUUCGGUGCAACCACUGCUGCUGCAUCGCCAUUUGGAGGUGCUCAGCAGCAGCAGACCACCACAUCCGGAUUUGGUGGCUUUGGUACUCAGAAUCAGGCCCAAAAGCCUGCCACUGGCCUUUUUGGAUCAAGCACAGGUGGAUUUGGUGCCAAUAACCAGCAGCAGCAAACUGCUACGGGAGGCGGUUUAUUUGGUGGCAACAGUACUACUCAAGCCAAUACCGGCACAGGCACUUCGCUCUUCGGCACUGGCCAGAAUCAACAAGCCCAAGGCGCGUCCUCGCUCUUUGGUAACAAUCAAGCGCAACCAGCCCAGUGCGGUGGUGUCUUUGGCAGCACACCAAAUCUGAAUCAGCAGAAGCCAGCGGGUUCGCUUUUCAACACUUCGAACACGGGAACCGCCACAGGAGGUGCAUUUGGCUCUACCUUCGGAAACCCUCAAACCCAGCAGAGCUCUGGCUUAUUCAAUAAUUCACAAAGCCAGCAGGCUAAACCCGGCGGUCUCUUCUCCGGCACUUCCGCUUCGACAGGGGGUCUCUUCAGUCAGAGCGCCAAUCAGACUGCUGGCAGUUCACUCUUCGGGCCCAGUCAGGGUCAGCAGCAACAGCCCGCGGGAUCCAGUAUUUUCGGCGCAUCGCAACCUGCGCAGCAACAACCACAACAACCUGUUCCAGGCAGCUUCCAGGCGUCACUUCUCGAUAAUAAUCCCUACGGUAAUCAGUCCAUCUUCUCUGGCCUGCCGAGUCCUGUUGUUUCUUCUCCGGGCCCUCUCGCUACACCCCUCGCUUCAAGCAUCAAGCAGAAACAGCGCACCCCGCUUCCAGUCUACAAGAUCACCCCGAACGCUGCUAAUCGGCUCAUCACACCCCCGAGGCGUCAAGGGUAUGGGUUCUCGUACUCUACAUAUGGCUCGCCUUCUAGUACCGUCGGAACGCCAACCUCUGGCUUGGGCGGCAGUCUUUUAGGCGCCGGUGCUCCAGGCAGCCUUCGCAGCAGCAUUAGCGGCAGUCUGGGUCGUAGUUUCAGCAAGAGCUAUUCAACCAGCAACUUACGCAAAUCCUUCCUUCCGGAGGAGGAUAGCAUCUUGGCCCCCGGUGCCCUUUUGUCAACCAGCUCCCGCGGUCAGACUGGAACCUUGAAGCGCCUGACCAUUGACCGAUCUCUGAGGAAUGACCUGUUUUCGCGCCCAGCCAGCACCUCACCGGCUGCUGUUACCAAUGGAGAUGAUCAGCAUGCCGCCGACAAACUGAAGAAAAAGGUCAGCUUCGAUGCCACGCCCACUGGCGGUGAAGUCGUUCCCGUUGAUUCCAAGAGCCCUGAGCCCACGGCCGAGGAGCUCGGCUUCCUUCGCUCCACCCGCAAGAGUGGAACUCUCAAUGGAAUUGACGGAGAAACGGAAAGACCAGAGAUGGAGUCAGCACGCCGUGACCUGGCUGUUGUGCCCGAAAAUUCCGAAUCUGGAUUGAGGGGCGCUUCCAUCAAGCGUCUUUCCUUCAUUCCUGGCGGUGACCCUAAGCCUGGCGACUACUGGAUGUCUCCGUCUCAUGCCGAACUUUCGAAGAUGACUCGUGAUCAGCUGAAGAAUGUUGUGGAUUUCACUGUCGGUCGUCAGAAUUGUGGAGAGGUCACAUUCAACGGCGCGGUUGACCUCACAACGGUCGAUCUUGACAACAUUUUCGGAGGAAUUGUUGACAUUGGUGUUCGCAAGAUCACUGUGUAUCCUGAUGAGAACGUGAAGCCACCAAUGGGCAAGGGGCUCAAUGUUCCCUCGACCCUUCGAAUUGAAAACUCUUGGCCUCGCGGACGUGACCGCAAGAACCCUCUGCCCAUCACCAGCGGCCCGCUCUUCGACAAGCAUAUCGACCGGCUACGCAAGGUCACGGAUACGGAGUUUGUUGACUACGAAAAUGAAACUGGUACUUGGGUCUUCAAAGUUCCCCAUUUUACGACUUAUGGUCUUGAUUAUGAGGAUGACGAGGAGAAUCAGGGAAGUGGCGCAUUGGGCGCGGGCCCUGAUGACAACCGCCACCAAAAGACUGCGGAUUCUCACCCCGCAAGCUUUGAGCAGUCCGCGACUUUUUCCAUUGAUGAGUCUUUCGUGGGGUCAAUGGCUGGAGUCGACGAUGACACGUUUGAUUUCAAGAAGCGCAAGCUUGUUCCCGGCUCUUUUGGAAACAACGCUAUGCAGAAUCAGGAUGAAGAAAUGGAUUCUGAGUAUGAGACAGAGUCUUUUUUAGAGGAAGGCUCCGCGGGUUCAACUAUUGAGCAGGAUGACGAAUUUGUCACCGAAAGCCAGCGAUCUGGCGACUCGACAGUUGGAUCUGACGAGGAUCAGGCGAUGGACAUGGCGGGCUCCUUUCCUGAUCUUCGUCGUACCGUGGAGCAUGAUGACGUUCAAAGCACCGACAGUGAUAUGAACUCAACCCACCCCAUCUUGAAGCCCUUCGGCACGCCGAGCAAGCCGCGUCUUGAUCUCAGCGGAGACUGGGCAGAACAGCUUCAGCGCACGAUCAGUCCUCGCAAACAAAACCGUGAUGCCCUUCGUGAAAUUCAAGCGAAUGCUUUUACCGACAGACCAUUGUUGUCUAAGGAGUCUCCAGCUACGAAGCUCACAUCUCCCCCCAAAAAGGGCUUCACCAAUAGCAUCGACCUGAUGAACUCCCUUUUCCAGCAGCAGCCACGGAAGCAAAACUUGCCUGGCACGCAGAAGGCGUCAAAGCCGCAGCCUAAGGGCUUCGAGUGGCCAUACAACAAGCAACCCAAGACCUUCGCCGACGAUUCCACACAAAUGAGCGAGACCGAUGUGGCAUUCCAUGACUCAUUCAAGCCUCGCUGGGGUACCAUGGACUCGAUCAUCUGCGCCAGAAAUGAUAUGACGGGACCUUUGUCCGAGGGCAACAAGCGAUUCAAGGAGCGACUUUCCGUGUUCAGCGAGGGCCGCGAUGUCGCGGUCUUGCAAUUUGUUCCCUCACGGACCUCAUCCUACAAGCUUCUCCAGGUGCAAAAACAGCAAUCCACCGUUCAGCGCGUUGACGGAACGCCACUUGUCCGCCUGAAGAAGCCUGAUCUUCGACAAUUCGCUCUUUCUGCAUCUUCGGACGAGGAGUCACUGGUCUGGCAGCUUGCCAAUAUCUUGUUCAACGAUGACAUUGAAGACGACAUCUCGGCAGGUGUCCCGCCACAGCUGCGAUCAAGGUUUGCCCAUAGAAUCAAGAAAGAUCGGUUGACACGCCUCUGGGAGUCCAUCAUCCGUGACCGUCAUGCCCACGUUUUCGAUUCUAUUCGCUCGCCAGAGGAGCGUGCGAUUCACUUGCUGUGUUCUCACCGUAUUGACGAGGCCUGUAAGACGCUUAUUGACAGCCACAAUCUGCAUUUGGCCACUGUCGUGGCGCAGAUAGGCCGCGACGCUACGUCUCGGUCUGACAUUGCGUCUCAAAUUGACGUGUGGCGCCAGAAUAAUGUUCUAUCGGAAAUGCGCGAAUCUGUGCGUGCACUGUAUGAGCUUGUCGCCGGCAACAGUCUUAGAAGCGAAGGCAAAUUGGGAGGCGCGCUCGAGGAUCGGGCAGCUACUUUCACCUUCACCGAUCGAUUUGAGCUUGACUGGUUUCAGGCUUUCGGUCUUCGUCUGUGGUACGGAAUUGAUGACGAUGAGCCCAUUGAGGCUGCUGUAUCCAAGUUCCUCGAUGACCUCGCCACAGGAUUGGAGCCCGCUUUCCCUUACCCUUCGCACCAAGCCGAUAUCAAGGCAUCCUUGCAGCCUGGAUCAGACACUCUUGGUCGUGAGUCCCCCUUGUGGCUUCUUCUGAAGGCUUACUCCGCAACCAAGGGACAAGUCAAGAUUUCUCCCAUUCAGCUGCCAGCAGCUCUCCUCCCAGAGUCCAUUUCUGGUGAUCCUCUCUCGAAUCGACUCUCGUUCCAGCUACAUCACGUUCUUGCCGCUGCAAUUGGUCAAAGUGACGCAGUCCAGGUCAAACAGGACCUGGUCGAUCGCUUGACCUGGGACUUUGCUUCUGAGCUCCUUGCCGGAGGAGAGCUCAGUGCGGCCACUUUUGUUCUUCUGCAUCUCUCGCGUGCUGACGACCGCAAACGCGCGGUCCAAGACACAUUGGCUCGCUACGCCUCCGUUCUUCCUGGCCCUACUGGCGAGGAUGAAUCGACUGCCAAUCAGGCCUGGUUAGAUAUGACUUCUGAGCUCCAGGUACCGGAAGCCUGGAUCUGGCUCGCAAAGGCUCUUCACGCUCGCGACCGCGGUGACGCCACUGUUGAGGUUGACUGUUUGAUUCGUGGCAAGCACUGGAACGACGCUCACGCGACAUUCUGCAGUGUGGUAGGUCCUACCGCUGUCAUUUCACGAGACUAUCCCACCCUUGAGCGUCUCAUCUCUGGAUUUGGCGAUAAUCCCGAGCGUAAGAUGCGGGGUUGGUCCUCUGGUGGCGGUAUUUACGAAGAUUUCCUGCGUUUGGCCACUGCGCCCCGUGGUCGUCGGGACCCCACUCGCCUGAGCCGACUGGUCAAUGCGCUCGUCGAGAUGGGUGAGCGUACCCGAAACGUGAAAGACUCGCAAGGUUUGGAGGAGAGUGUGGCAUUCAAGGAGAUGAGUCGUGCCGUUGCUGGAUGGAUCACUCACGAGGACGUCCAUUCUGUGGGGCCGUCUGCUAUUCUCGGCCUUCCUCUCAAUGGGGAUGCACGUUUGCUGCAGACUGCUGAGAUGAGUCGGCGAUAUUACGGUAUCAUCAUGGCAGGUGGCCAGUAA